AUGGAAAACUAUAAUCAGCCGAGUCCAGAACGAAUCGAACUGCUUAAGCGCCUAGAAGAAGUAGUCGGUACUGUAACACCAUAUCUUUGGGCUGCGUGCCAGAUUUGCGACCUUAGUGCCCUUGAACAGCUCUUGGGCCACCCCUCUUUCUUUUAUGAGGGUCUCAAUUACACAACUCGCCAAAUGGUACGCUAUUGGAGUUCUUCUCUUGGAGUGCAAUCGCAGCCCUCAACACCAAAGACAUCUACACCAAAGACGCCUACACCACAAAAAUCGACAGCGUCGAAUUUAGACCUAACACCUUCUAUGCUACCUCCACCUUCAAAGAGACAAAAGACUUUAGAUUCGCCAACACCACUACCGCGGGAUUUGAAUAUCAAAAAGCGAGCAGAGGAGAGAGACAAUUUUAGCUGUGUUUUGACAGGGAUUGAUACGAUACAGGUUGCUCAUAUCUACCCACAUUACGCAAUGAAAUAUAGUGAAGAUAGGAAUGGGCUACGGCAUAAGUUUUGGGAUCAGUUAAAGGCAUUUUGGUCCGAGGAGAAGGUUACUGCUUGGGAAGCAAAACUUUUCCCACAAGGUAUAUACGAAAAGGGGAGCGAAGAAGUAUAUAACCUCAUUUCCUUAGCUCCUACUGUACAUGAAAUUUGGGGGCAAGGACUAUUUGCCCUCAAACCAAUCUCCAUGUCGGAGGAUCAGAAGACCUUAAAAGUGCAAUUCUUUUGGCAAGAGAGACAAAAAGGACCUUUACCAAGAAUGAGCCUUACAACUACACCAAUUUCUACCGAAGGCCUUCAACAGACUACAGGCGCCCAUGGAGGCCAUACAUGGCUAUUUGAUAAGAACGGGAAAAAAAUUCAAUCUGGGGAUUGUUUCACGCUUCAAACCGAUAAUCCAAUACAAAAACCACUACCGAAUUUCGAGCUGCUCGAGCUGCAAUGGUUUCUCCACCGCAUACGAGGCAUGGCAGGGGCUGCGGAAGUCGAGUGGGAUCAUUGGCUGGACACGGACUCAAACUCAGACAACGCUAUUGAGGAGGUUCCUGGUCUUGGAUUUGAUAAUGACGUUGAGGAUUUCUCAUUACUUUCUGACGAGCCUUUACCCUCUCCAGCAAAAUCAUCCAAUCUUCCUCUUCAUCCUAAGCAUGUUACAACAGAGGUAGAAGGAGAUGGAGAUAGAGAAGGAGGAAGAGACCUAGUUAUGUAG